AUGUUUCGUGUGUUUCGACAAUUGAGUUCAAUUCGUACCAGCGUGAAUUAUACUCUCGUUCCAUGUGUCUUGGUUUUACUUUCAAGCUUUGUAGUAAAUUCUGCAGCUGCACCACUCACUAUCGAGAAUUUUGUAUCUCCCACCAAAGCAGCUAUCAUCUCUAUCAUCCAAACAGUUGUCUUGGCAUAUUCUGCGCAUGCGGCAACUAUCAGACCAGAAAAUACCAGCACAAUAUGGCCUACCGUUGUUAAGCGUACAUUAGCCAUCGCAUGGCCUGUUAGUGGAGUCCACGAAGCAAUUAGCUCUAUGAUCAAGGCGUACAAAGGCUACAAAAUUCUUAACAAAAGUAACUUUCUCGAAAAAAACCUUGUAAAAAACGAUGAGGCGCUGGGAGAGUGGAUGAACGAGAUGAAAAUGAAGGUCUUUGAUAUGGAAAGAAUAUCUUUACUUGUGGAAAGACGACGACUCGACAGGAGGUUGGAAGUCAUCGAGACCGAUAUAGUUACGAUGAAAGAAGAAUUGUCAAGAAGCGCUCCAGAACCAUCUUCAGAGUCCUUGGAUGAUGCAAACAUGAGACUUUAUAUAAGAAACACAAACAUUAAAUAUCUAGAGUCAAGUUUAAAGGAGAGAGAGGUUGUUUUAUUUUACCAAACUCUUACUUUACGAUCCGAACAUGCAAUCUUUAGUGAACAUGCAAAAUUUCGAGCCGAAUUAUAUCAUUAUCCCUACGAAACUCGAAUCAACCAGUUCAAGAUAUUUGCACAGGAAACCGAAGAUCUAAAAUCAUUCAGGUCCAAGCUAACUAUCCACGAUGAAGAUGUCCUCAAUACUUCCGGACUAAAAAAAGAAGGCACGAAGCUACUUAUAAACUAUAAAUCUCUACCUAGUUCUUCGAUUGAGAACCCCAUACAAAGUACCGCAUCAAAAGAAGCACACGGUUUAUUAAACAACACAGAAAGUGGUGUCACUGAAAAAGGGGAAAAAUACACCGUAAUGAAGGCCCAGAAUUUAUAUUCUUAUGACAGAGAAUUACCGGUAGAAGAUAUUUACGAGACAGACGAUGAACUCAAAGAACUUGCUAACCUCUUUUAUAAAUAUCAAAUCCCAGACAAAGACGAAUCAAAUAUUGACUGGACAUAUAAAUACAAUAAUGGCGCAUAUUUAAGUGCUAUUUUGGAACGUAUGGACUCGUCUGUUGCCACAACAACAAAGGGCUUUAUGAUCAACGGAAAUAUUUAUAUUGGAAUCCACGACUUUAGUGUUGGAUUAUUUGACCAAGACACCUAUGAAUGGAAAUACCAAAAGGCUUACCAACGUACAGACGAGAUGGAUAUCACUGGACCAGGAACGGACUACGAUUAUCAAGUGGCAAUCCAUCCAGCCAUGUUCUGUUACCUGCCACCUGACAUGCUUGAUCAGUUAAACAACAUAGUAGCCUUGGGAGAGUCUCAAAUCACAAGCCAGCUUUUUACUCUGGUCCAGCUAGGGUACACUGUGUACGAAAUUGUCUUGGGUACUGGAGAUAAAUGGUCCAAGCUUAUUAUGGGUGUCUUUAUGAUAAUGUCUGUUCUUCAAACAGUAUCUCUGAUGAUACUUCCUACCCAAAGUAUGUCCUAUAGUAUCAAAGGAAAUCCUAUACACAGCUCUUUGCACGAAUUUGUACCAGAAGCCAAUCCAAAGAUGCAUUCAUACAAAUUUAAAGAAUUUGAUCCAGAAAUCUUCAAUGGAGUCGAUGAAUCGGAAAUACAUUAUAUAUCCUCUGCCAUGAGAACAUUGGCAUUGACUGGAAUGCCAUUGGAUGACCUGGAAGACGUCAUGAAGAAUGCGUUGGCUGCGAAGACAUCCUUUUCAUUCAAGAACUCUGGGGUGUGGGAGUAUUUUGUGGUCUUUGGGGGAAUAGCAAUACCUCUUAUAUUAGGGAUCGCGGCUGGAUAUGGAGCAAAGUCUAAAACCGAAUGGAUCGUUAUCUCUUGGAUUGUUGGAAGUUUGCCAUUUAUCAUAUUUCGGAUAUACUUUCUGGAUAGAUACGCUAAUCUUGAUUUACUUUAUCUCAUACUGCUAGUACCUUUUAUGGCUUUUCCUGGAAUAGCAUUAGUCUUGGCUGCUACAAUUAUCGGCUAUAUUCCUGAAUUUUCCAACUGA